CAAAAUUAAAGUCUAUAACUUAUUUUUUGUCCUGGUUCAAUAUAAAACCUCAUUACCGCGAUCAUGCCAAUCUAGGGUUUCUGCUUCUAUCCCGUUCUAGCAAUCAUGGCAGAAGAGGGACAGUGCGCAUCGGAAGUGGGAUCGAACAAGAGGAAGUACGACGAGUCGAUCUCCCCUUCUCCGGUGUCUCGGAGGCCCACCGGAUUCUCCGCACCCAUAUCUUCCGCGUCGCCGCCCGAUUGUUCCGCUACCGGGGCCACUCCUCCUUCGACGUACAACAGUGUGCCUCCUCCUCUGGACGAUUUUGAGCUGGCUAAGCAGAAGGCGCAGGAGAUCGCUGCUAAAUUGCUCAUAAACUCAGAUCCGAAGAAGCCCAGGGUUGACAAUGGCGGCGGCGACGGUGCAUAUGAAACAAAAGAACCCCAGAAGCAAAUGGGGUCUACUUUUCUUCCUUCAGUAACUAGUUCAUUUGGUCACCCUGGUCCAAGUAAAAAGAUAGAGAUUCCGAAUGGCAGGGUGGGUGUGAUCAUAGGAAAGAGUGGUGAAACCAUUAAGUAUCUUCAACUCCAAUCUGGAGCAAAGAUACAGGUUACCAGAGACAUGGAUGCUGACCCUAAUUCUCAAACUAGAGCUGUUGAACUAAUGGGCACUCCAGAGCAGGUUGCUAAGGCUGAGCAGCUGAUUCAAGAUGUUCUUGUGGAGGCUGAUUCAGGUGGGUCGGGCAUAGUUUCAAGAAGGUUAACUGGCCAUCAGGGCGGAGCUGAACAAUUUGUGAUGAAAGUCGCUAACAACAAGGUUGGUCUUGUAAUUGGAAAAGGUGGAGAAACCAUAAAGACCAUGCAAGCAACAACAGGAGCCCGUAUUCAGGUGAUCCCUUUGCACUUGCCACCUGGCGAUACUUCAACAGAGAGGACAGUACAGAUUGAAGGAACAAGUGAUCAGAUUGAGCAUGCAAAACAGCUUGUCAAUGAAGCUAUUAGUGAGGUAUAUGGGCUGUAUCUAAUCAUGUGAAUUUAUUAAUUUCAUUGGCUUGAAAUGUGAAUCACAAAUGGUGUCUAGUCUGCUUGUUCAAUUUUACUUUCUAUCAUCUGGUGCAUAUAUGGUACUAAUCGCAUGCACAAGUAUGCUCACUUCGUCUUAGACCUAUUCCUGGAAUCUAAGAAGCACUCCUUAAGUCACCAGAAUGCUCUUAUUUAUUUGUGAUUUCUGGACGCAAGAGUUGUGUUUGUAGUCUACUUUGUCAUUCUUAACUUUUUACUACUAUGUGUUAUUAUUAUCACUCCUAGAGUUUAGCAGAACAGUGAGGUUCUUUAGUAAAUUUCUGACAUUUGGAAAGGACAUGAAUUUUUUAACUGCAUAAGAUUCUUAGUACAAUAACUGCCUUAGAAUGUUUAUGUACAUAUAUCCCUUACCUGCUUCCCAUAUUCUUAUGCUAUAUCAAACCACUGUAACAAUGCAAAUUUUAGGGUGUAUAUGCAUAUGUUUCUCCAUACCUCUUUGGAUGUACAGCCAGGUUGAUUGAGGUACUAUAGUUCGUGUCAGAUGACCCCGGACGGAGGUAAUGUGCCUUAAUUCAGUGCCCCUUAGUUGCAAACUAGGAGCUCGCUACUCAAUAGAAUUUAGUGUCGAGUUAUUCCCAAGACAUUUCCAUUUUGUUAUUAAGUAUUGGCUGAGUUUGCUUUUACCUGAAUUAAACUUCUUAAGGUUUGAAUCUUACUCUUAAAGUACGUAAUCUCUUUUGAGGUGUCUAAACAUAUCAAUCAUACUUUGAAUUGUUGGAUAAUCUCGUAAUGUAUUGGAAUUUGGAUGUCUGAUUUUGAAUGAGGCAGAUCCCACCAAGUCUAUUUCUCUGAGGUACGAAAUAUGAAGGCAUUUUAUUAGUUUUGCAAAUACUACAUAUAUUAUAAGUUUUGCAAAUAUAGUGGAUAUAUUCUACUCAAUUUCCGAAGUUUGUUAGGGUGGGCGCAUAAGUUUCUGGUUAGCUUUAUAUAUGAUAUUUUAUAUUCUCAUUGUACCUGUACUAGAGUUUGUUAUGGAAACUUGAUGACACCAACUUGGAAGCAUUUUUGUUGCUUCUCUCCGGAUAAUUUCUUCUGAUAUGUUACCAAAAUGCAAAUGUUACUUCCCUGUUUUGAAAUCUUUUCAUCCCAAAAUGUUCAUCUUUCAACAAAGAAAGUAGCCUUCUCACAUUGAAUUUUUGCACAGUAAAAAUGAAUGAGGGUUCUGAUUAGUUGCUACAGUGAGUCUUGAAUAAAUUCAAUCUACGAAACUUGAUGUAAAUAUGUGAAUUCACCUUUAACUGUUAAUUUAUUAUGAUGUUACGAAGUUGUGCCUUUCUGAUAACCCCUUAUGGGCGGAGGUAGUGCAUUAGUUUCCUCACACUUUGGAUUAAACAAUGUCCGCUAAAUAUUUAAGUGUGGAGUUCUCCGUAGUUUUCUUCAAUUUAGAUUCAAAGUGAUAGAACAUAUUGCAUUAGUUGCAAGAUGUGAAGAUGUUAAAUUCAUUGUAUGCAGAGGUGAAGACUUUGCAUCUCUUGAAUUUUAUUUGUGAUUUAUGUGAAAUUGAAAUCCUUCAAUGAAUGCUAACCCCUUCUGUGAUAACAGUUCAGUUAUCAUCUUGUUAUAUUCUUCAGUGUAAUUGGUGUGAACUCUCCUGUUCUGAGCGUAAAAGUGAUGUUAUUGGCAUUGAAUAAGCUCUUCUAUUUUGUGCUUUUAAAGUAUUUUUUGUAUGG